AUGAAAACUCUGUUUCUUUUGCUUGGAGUGAUUGGUGGAGGAUUUGGAUUAGACAAUGGAUUGGCAAGAACACCACCAAUGGGUUGGAUGAGUUGGACGGCUUUUUACUGUGAAAUGGAUUGUGUACGAAAUCCGCACGCGUGCAUCAACGAGCAACUUUACAUGGAUAUCGCUGAUCGAAUGGCAAACGAUGGCUAUUCGGCAGCUGGCUACAAGAAUGUUCAUGUCGAUGAUUGUUGGAUGGAAAUGACAAGAGAUCAAACGGGGACACUAAUCGCAAAUCGAACCCGAUUCCCAUCUGGGAUGAAAGCAUUAGCGAAAUAUGUGAGUUUAUUU